CUGCUUGUUGAGUGUAAACAAACACGUUUUCCGAUUAAGCCGAACAUAGUUUAUUGCAAAAGUUCUGCAAUUUGUUACUAAUACGCGAUACAACCGGCAGAAAUGAGGAUCAGCGUCGACGGACUGCUGGUGUACUUUCCGUACGAGUACAUCUACCCGGAGCAGUACGCGUACAUGCUGGAGCUAAAGCGAACCUUCGACGCCAAAGGGCACUGCCUUCUGGAGAUGCCCUCCGGGACAGGUAAGACGACAACCCUGCUCUCACUGAUCGUCGCCUACAUCAUGGAAUAUCCACACAUUGUUCGUAAGCUGAUCUACUGCUCGCGUACCGUGCCGGAAAUCGAAAAGGUCAUCGCUGAGUUGAAACAUCUGAUGAAUUACUACGAAAAGCAGACGGGUGUGAUGCCCAACAUCACGGGGCUGGUGUUGAGUUCGCGGAAGAACAUGUGCAUCCACUCGGAGGUUAGCAAAGAGCGCGACGGAAAGAUUGUCGAUGCCAAGUGUUACGGCAUGACGGCCGGCUACAUCCGUGAGCGGGCUUCAACGGACGAAUCGGUUGCCGUGUGUCAGUAUCACGAAGGUUUCCAGGCGGAGGGAAAAGAGAGCACACUGCCACCGGGAGUUUAUUCGAUUGAUGAUAUGAAGGAUUUUGGACGCGAGCGGAACUGGUGUCCGUAUUUUAUGUCCCGAUUUGCGAUCAAUCAAGCGCAGGUCGUCGUUUAUAGUUACCACUAUUUGCUGGAUCCGAAAAUUGCGGAAGUCGUUUCGAAGGAACUUGCAAAGGAAUCGGUGGUGGUCUGCGAUGAGGCUCACAAUAUUGACAAUGUUUGUGUCGAUUCUAUGAGUGUAAAAAUAAAUCGGCGGUUGAUUGAAAAGAGUACAACCGGUGUCCACACGCUGGAGAAAUACGUUGCAGAAAUGAAGGAAGAUGACCGCCAGCGAUUGAACGACGAAUACCUCAGACUGGUUCAGGGAUUGAAGGAUGCUUCGUUCGCUCGUGAAACCGAUAUGGUGCUUGCCAAUCCUGUUCUACCGUCGGAGAUACUCAGAGAGGUCGUCCCCGGUAACAUCCGAAAUGCAGAUCAUUUUCUUAGCUUUCUAAAGCGCUUCAUCGAGUACAUCAAAUCACGGCUUCGUGUUCAGCACGUGGUCCAGGAAAGUCCGGCCGGUUUCCUUAAGGACGUCCAGAUGAAGGUCUGCAUCGAGCGGAAACCGUUGCGUUUUUGUGCUGAACGCUUGUCCUCGCUUUUACGUACGCUGGAAAUUACCGAUCUCACUGAGUUUGGUGCUCUUACGGUUAUAACUUCCUUUGCAACGCUUGUCUCCAGUUAUACCAAGGGCUUCACGAUUAUUAUCGAACCGUUCGAUGAUAAAACGCCGACAGUGUCGAACCCGAUCCUGCAUUUGAGCUGCAUGGAUUCAUCGAUUGCGAUGAAACCGAUUUUCGACCGGUUCCAAAGUGUAGUAAUCACUUCCGGCACACUGUCACCGAUGGAUAUGUAUCCGAAGAUUCUGGAUUUUGAACCGGUGGUGAUGAGUUCAUUCACGAUGACGUUGGCGAGGCCGUGUCUUUUGCCGAUGAUUGUGUCCCGUGGCAACGAUCAGGUGGCAAUCUCUUCAAAAUUCGAAACCCGUGAAGAUACUGCGGUAACACGGAACUACGGCCAACUGCUAGUGGAAACGGCAAAAACUGUCCCCGACGGGAUCGUGUGUUUCUUUACGUCCUACCUGUACCUUGAAUCGGUAGUUGCCUCGUGGUAUGAUCAAGGUAUCAUCGACACCCUACUGCGGUACAAGUUGCUGUUUAUCGAAACGCAGGACAGCGCGGAAACUUCUUACGCACUGAUGAAUUACGUUAAGGCAUGCGAAUGUGGGCGUGGAGCAGUUCUGUUGGCUGUGGCCCGGGGACGCGUUUCGGAAGGAGUGGACUUUGAUCAUCAUUUGGGCAGGGCGGUUCUGAUGUUCGGUAUUCCGUACGUCUACACUCAGUCCAGGAUUCUGAAGGCUCGAUUGGACUACCUGCGAGAUCAGUUUCAAAUCAGGGAGAACGAUUUCCUUACCUUUGAUGCAUUGCGACAUGCGGCACAGUGCGUGGGGCGUGCCAUUCGCGGCAAAACCGACUACGGUAUUAUGAUUUUUGCGGACAAACGUUUCUCUCGGCAGGACAAAAGAGGCAAAUUGCCCAAAUGGAUCCAGGAGCAUCUGACGGACAAUCACUGCAACCUUAGCACGGAGGAAGCGAUGCAGCUCGCAAAACGUUGGCUCCGUCAAAUGGCGCAACCUUUCACCCGAGAGGACCAGCUGGGUGUCUCGCUGCUCACGCUUGAGCAGCUACAAAACACGGAAAAGGAGAAACUGGAGAAACAAGCUCAAGGAAAGAAGUGAUUCUGUUGAGGAAUUAAUUCAAUAAAACCAUUAUUUAAUGGUUGCAAA